AUGGUUUACAUUCUGCUGUAUGUAGACAACAUCAUCCUCAUCACCUUCACUCUUGUCCUCCGCCAAUUAAUUAUGUCACUCUUAGCAUCUGAGUUUGCAAUGAAGGAUUUAGGCCCUCUGAGUUACUUUAUGAGUAUUGCAGUAUCUCGUCAUCCUGAUGGCAUAUUUCUCAGUCAAAGCACUUAUGCUUCAAAGAUCAUUGAACGUGUUGGCAUGGUGUCCUGUAAACCAUCAGCCACUCCUGUUGACACCAAGCAGGAACUUAUCACCUCCCCCAACACUUCUUAUGAGGAUCCCUCCUUGUAUCGGAGUCUUCCAGGGGCCCAACAGUAUCUCACCUUCACUCGACCUGAUAUAUCAUAUGCUGUUCAGCAAGUUUGUCUUCACAUGCAUGCCCCUCGCACGGAACGUAUGCUUUCUCUUAAGCGCAUUUUGCGCUAUGUUCACGGCACCUUACAUUUUGGACUACACUUAUCCCCAUCUCCCAUUACAAAGCUUAUCUCCUACACUAACGCUGAUUGGGGUGGAUGUCCUGACACCAGACGUUCUACAUCUAGUUACUGUGUUUUUCUAGGUGACAACCUUAUUUCUUGGUCUUCCAAAAGGCAACCAAAUCUCUCCCGUUCCAGUGCUGAAGCCAAAUAUAGGGGGAUUGCCAAUGUUGUCUCUGAAUUGUGUUGGAUUCACAAUCUUCUCCUGGAACUCCAUUUUCUUAUUCCUCGGGCCACUUUGGUGUAUUGUAACAAUGUUAGUGCCAUCUAUCUAUCUGGUAAUCAUGUGCAGCAUCAGCGUACUAAGCAUAUUGAGAUGGACAUUCAUUUUGUUCAGGAAAAGGUAGCUCGUUGUCAGGCUCACGUCCUUCAUGUUCCCUCAAGACAUCAGAUCGCAGACAUCUUCACCAAAAGACUUCCUCCCAUUCUCUUUGAUGAUUUUCGGACCAGUCUAAGCGUACGUGAACCUUCUGCUUCGACUGCGGAGGUGUGA